ACCUGAAUACCAUCGUGUUAUAUAUAAAUUAUAUGAUUACAUUAAAAGUAUAUUUAUUCUUGCAAUACUACAAAUGAAAUAGUGGUGUGCUCAACUUGUCAGAAUAACGACGUCCUUGAUAUUUCAAUAAAUCUUUUGGAAGUAUCAGCAAGCGGCAUUUUUUUAAUCUUUGCGCUCUUUUGCAUUCAAUAACAUGUAGGAGCGGGAUCGAUGCUAUCGACAAUCACUCCACAUUAUGGUUUUGAAAGUCAGUUUUCGGUUAUAGGUUAUUCGGGCCUGUAUCCCGGCAUGGGCCCGGAAGUUGUUUGGGGUUUCAGGUAAAAGAUCCCGGAGAUGCUGCCUUCGCCAGAGAAAACAAACGGCGCUUCAGCUGUAUAAAUACUGCAACAACAGUCGAUCGUCAGGUAAUAAAAAACACACGACGUUCAAAAUCCACGCUUGUCAUUGAAGAAAAACGACGUUAAAUUCGGUAACUGUGCUCGGAUCGGGUGCGUUUACAUGGCUAGACGGCAUCUGUCGACUGCUGGGUGCCAUAGCAACGCCAGCGGGCUCUCAGGAAACAUAAUUCCGCUUUAGUUUGUCACGUCUGAAUAUCGAGCGUAUUUCACGAUAGGAGGCUGCCGAUCGAUUAACGUUGAGAGGAACGUUAGCUCUGUCGUUUGUAAUUUAGUUGAGCGGUGUCAUUGCGUUUAUGUGAGCUGUCACGUCUCGUUAGCUGGUUAGCUGCGGUGGCUAGCUAGCGUUGCUCCAGACAGAGCAGGAUUGACAUGAUUCUGCGUGCUGUCACUCUUGCUCGGUGGUACCUGAGACGUUUUACCGAUGGUGCAUGAAAACUUAUUAAACAUUUGAGGUUUUGCGCAUGAUCAUUUUAUUAAUUUCUUCGUUGUUUUGAUGGCAGACUGUCAUGGGCUGUUCCGAUUAUUGCGCUUAUUAGACUCAUUGACAGCUGUGUGAUUUUUAUGGAAUCUGCCUGUUGCCUCUGUCAUGACAUCUCUUGGCUCCGCAGUUUACCGCCUUAAAUGUUUUUGAAAGACAUAUAUAUAUUUUUAAUUAUAUAUGUGAUAUAAUAUUUAGUGAAUAUUCUAUACGUUUAAACAUAUUUUUUACAUAUAGUUGAUAUUUGAUGUCAUUAAGAGUUCGUACAUUGUUUAUGUCUCCAAUGCAUUAUACAGCCAUACAGUAUAAAGGACAAAACAGUUAAUUAAGUAUCUAUUCUGUACAUUUUUCUAUUGUGGUUUUAAAAUAAUUAAAAGGAAAGGAAUUUAAGGAACUGCUUAAUGAUAAAUGAAUGUGUUGUCUUGGAAAAUCUGUGCAUAAGCACAAUUGUCUACCAGGAAAUUAAGCUUUUCACUUUUCUUGUCCUUGUUUAUAUGAUUUCUGAGCAACAGCCAAUCUUAGUCUCUGUUUUAUCUGGUAUAGUAGUUUCAUUGCGGUAUGUACCUGCGUUUGUUCUGAUAGGUCACAGAAUAAUGGGAGGGUACAUUCUUACAUACUACUUUUCUCUUCCUUUGAGACUAGAAUUAUAUAGAAUGGACACUCAGUUUAGCUGUUGAGCUAGAAAUGAGAUCUAGACCAGUGUGCGUAUCAAUUAUUCAGCAACUCAAACAGAGCAACCACACAGGAAAGGGAGAAAUUACAUACCGCGAGUGAACCAGCAAGCAGCUGAUGUGAGAAUGAAUGCUGACGAUUGCAAUGGCCGUUCUUACAUGUCAGGUAGUGGAGAUUCUUCAACAGAGCGGGAGUUUUUCGCAGGGUUGAGAGGACCCUCAGUGAGCACACCAAACAGUCAACAGUCCUCGCCCAGCCGCUCACUCAGUGCUAACUCCAUCAAGGUGGAGCUCUACAGCGACGAUGAGGCAGGUGGUGCUCCUCUGGCAAAAAGGAGGCUUGAGGAGAAGGAUGAAGGAUGGAAAGAUGAAAAGGCGGACUUGGCAGAAGAUGGGGCGGUGGAGGUGGUUGGAGGUACGCGAGGACAGGCUGGGUGCGGAGAGAUGUCCAGCCCUGGGCCAGCAUCACCCGGUCCUAUUCGGCUGCCUAAUGGGAAACUUAAAUGUGAUAUUUGUGGGAUGAUCUGCAUUGGACCCAAUGUUCUUAUGGUGCACAAGCGCAGCCAUACAGGUGAACGGCCAUUCCAGUGUAACCAGUGUGGCGCGUCCUUCACGCAGAAAGGCAAUUUGCUACGCCACAUCAAGCUCCACUCCGGUGAGAAGCCCUUCAAAUGUCCCUUUUGUAACUACGCCUGCCGUCGCCGCGAUGCUCUUACAGGACACCUCCGCACCCACUCCGUGUCUUCUCCCACAGUAGGGAAGCCCUACAAGUGCAGUUACUGUGGCCGCAGCUACAAACAACAGAACACCCUGGAAGAACACAGAGAACGCUGCCACAGCUACCUACAGAGUCUGGACCACCAGCCCCCUCACAAUACCCAGCCUGCACACGGUGAAGAGUCUCAUAAUGUGGAGAUGAUGUCUGAACCUCUGAUCCGGUCCUCCUCGGAAAAGAUGACUUUUAUUGAUCGACUGGCUAACAGCAUCACCAAGAGGAAGAGAUCCACACCCCAGAAGUUUCUGGGUGAAAAGCACAUGCGAAUUAAUUUAUCCGAAGCACCUUAUGAACUCGACCACAAUCCUGAAAAAGAUGGGGACAUGCUGGUCUCGCACACCGAGGGUGACUCCGCUGCUUUGGUGGGCAUGGGAGGGCGUUUCCUCAGGGGGCCGAGAGGAGGAAACGAUUUGCAUCCUUCGCGCUCCCUCCGAAUGCCUCCACACUCUACCUGCCUAUCAGAGUUCACCCCGGUCAUCAGCUCUGUCUACUCUCAUAUAACCCCUCUGGGGCAGCGGAUGAACUGUUCAGGGGGCAUCUCCAUGGGGCUUCCCGGUAGGGAGGCCGGGGAGGGCCACGAGGACGCGCCCUCCAGCCGCAGCCACGCCGCCUCACCGAGCAACGGUUACCAAGAUUCGACAGACACUGAAAGCAUGGCGGAGGAGCAGUGCGUCAUCUCCUCAGUGCCGCCCGGAAGCUUGAACCAUCGUGGGCGAGAGCGGCACAGUCCUAGUCACGCCAAAGAAAUGGACAUGGAGGGCGACAGGGACAAAGGGGGUUUGCCGGCCAAGUUGAGUCCAUGCUCUCCGCCGGCACGGGAAGUCAUGCAGGUGGUGGACGGGGAGGGGAGGCCAGUGCGCUCCUUCCGCUGCGAGCACUGUCGCAUUUUUUUCCUGGACCAUGUCAUGUUCACCAUCCACAUGGGCUGCCACGGCUUCCGCCAGCCCUUCGAGUGCAACAUCUGCGGGCACCGCAACCAGGACCGCUACGAGUUCUCUUCACACAUUGUGCGCGGGGAGCACCAGGUGGGCUGAGGAAGGGUUUAUAUUGGGGGAUGUACAGAUGUAUGCUGCUUUGAGAUGGCGUCAUGGCGGCUAGUUUGGUCUGCACCUGAUUUGGGCACGGCACAUUAGCAUUUGUUUUAAUAGUUAGCGGACAUCAACAGAUUUUAUUCAUCUUCAAUGUGAUCGUAUCCUGUGUUAGAGGAUUAGAACGGGGGGCAAGUUAUAUCCUCUAAUUGCACUCCCACACCGAGUCAUUCAUUGCAAGACGCAACAGUUUUGCUUUAGAAGUGCCUUCCUUCUGUGGGGUUUCUUUCUUUAUCAGUUGGGAAGCAAAAUUCGAUGCUUUUUAUGCAGGUGUGAGAUUAGGUUUAUACUCAUCUGAUCAGUGGCGUUUACAUAGAGUCUGCCUCAUGAAUAUGAAAACCGUAGGUGAAAUAUAGAAGUCCAACGCCUGGUAGACUGUUUUAACCAGAAGGAUUUUCUCAAAAGUUUCAGAGAUAAAUCUAUGCCUAGGAGACAAACUUUGUGCUCUAUUAGGAUACCUCUGUGGGACUGUUGGAAAUAGGCGACUCAGGGAGGGCACUGCUGACAGAGGGAAUCAAAAUCAAGCUGCUUAAAUUGCAAAACUCAAAGACUGGAAGAAAGGGGCGUGUUGGUAUGUUAGCCAUAUAAGGAGCACAGACACAUAUUGCCUUAAUAGUUGCUUUAUAUGAACCCUGUAUGAGCUUGUUAUUGAAAUGCACAUGGUUUUUAAUGCUGGAGAAUUCAGAAGGUACAAUGCAGCCCAUAUUGCCUGAAUUUGGGUAAUUUUAAAACGUAGACAGUGUGGUACUUUGCAGUUUAGGCUAAGGCUCGGAUAAUGUUAUUGUUUCUGAAGCGUAUGUUAAUAUUUUAUUUAAGGAGAUGAACUUGAAACAUUUUGCCUUAGUUUUUGAGUCUGAAACCUACGUCCUACAAAAGUCAAACCGGUUGGUUUCCUUGUGCCUCAUAUCUUGAUUGUUGUUUCAAACUUGUGUCCAAACAGACCUCACUCAAGGGAUAAUGAGUUCGAUUUUGCCUAUCAAAUUGAGUUUUAAAUUUUUUUUGUAAUGUGAAGUCCCCCCCAUCCAUCUUCAGCCGUGAAAUUGUUACGAUGGCCCGGCUUCGUAAGUGUAUACACAACGCAGCAGGCCGCAUAUUAUGGUUUACGAUGUCAAGCAUGCAGCGAAGCGCUGUUGGAGAAAAGACGCCUUGUUGUUCCGGUGCAGACCAAACAUAGACCCAUGUUGCAUUCCGUAACUUUGAUGAUUGAAGGGGUUGUUACCUCAACGGAGGAUUGCACUUUUUCUAAUUCUGCUUAAAUGUGAGUGUUUUGCCGGGGCUGUUUUGGGUGGGCCGCUGAGGGUGGGGAAUUUUAUUACAUGGCUUUAAGGGGGAACAGACGGUAAUGACUGGUAACUGAGCUUUGAAACAUAUUCUUUUGUUUUUGGAAAUUGCUCUAUUGCACUGAUUUCUGAUAAAAUGCUAUUUAGAGAAAACAAGAUACAAUUUGAUACAAUAUCACGUUGGUUACAAAGACCAGAUGAAUAGUGUGGUGUUUUUAAAAACUUCUAUAAAGGCUAUUUUCCUAAUAAAAGGGGUCGCUGUCAUUUGAGGAUUAACAACUGACGAUUUCUCAUUGUGUUGUAAAAAUUGGUGCUUGGAUGUUUGUGUGACUUCUGCCCUCGAUAUUGGACUUGUAUCCUGUACGCUUGUCCUGUGCGGUUUGUCCCAUAUGAGUUCACGCAUAAGGUACGCUCAAUCCCCGCCGAAGUACGAACUGCUGCUUGUUUUGAAGGAAAGGACUGAUAUAUUGUUGUCGAGUUAUGUACCGUCCUGCCAAGAUAUUGUGGCCUGUUUUAUCGGUGGAUCUUAAGUGCACAAACUCAGAGAAUUACGAUAUACAACUUAAGCACCAAUGAGUGAAUUUUGAAGAAUCUCAAAGAUUUCUUUUGUUCGAUCGCUUGUGCAUUUCUCACUUUUUUGUGGUUAAGGAUGUUGUAGCAUGUGCGUAUCGCUUGAUCUUGGAGGUGGUCAGAACCUUGCUCACGUGUAAUCCACUGAACUGGUACUACAUCUUUUGGUUACUUUUAAUAUACUUGUAGGCCUCUUUAAAAUGUACGCUUGGUGAAAGCCUACGGAGAACAGAACUAAUUUAAAAUCUAGAACAGACCAAAUCCAGUAUUUACGAAGGUUAGUCAAUGACUUUGCACCCUUCAUAGACUUUAGAUUUUUUUCUGCAGACGUACAUUUAUUUACUUGAAGUUAUGGCAAAAAACAUAUAUGACACUUAAUGCACUUAAUGGUAAAAAGAAAUGAUAUAUUAAUUAUAACAUGCGUGUGAAUGGGAGAGGUUGCAUGUGUACUUAUUUGUUGGCUGGGGUUCUGCAACUGUUCUGCUUGUGAAAUAUUAGCUGCAAUUUUCCCUACUUCCUCUAAACCAAACCCAGCUCUUUUCUGCACCAUUUCAUAUUUCUUAUCCCCGAGGUGUGACGAACUCAAACUUUUAUGAACUGUGAAGCAACCUUAAAAAGCAGCAACUGGGAAAGAGAGAAAUAGCAUUUUGGGGGAGGCAGGGAUCAAACUCUGUCAUACUUGGGCUUUAUCCCUGGGUUCAAUGUUUUUAAAUAUUUUGUGAGAAAAAUGUAUAUGACAAAGAAAAACUCUUUACCUCAGAUUUGUUAAAAUAUAAAAAACUGCCUCAUGUUCUAUAGAAGGUGUGUUGGUUUCAAGAGGUAUUGUUUAUUUGAUCUUGUUUUUAAAGAGUGUAACCCUACUUUAAGUUGAAGUAAUUUUUCAUGUCCAAUAAAGUAAUAUUUGUUGUAA